AUUAAAAUGUAAUAAAAUAUAAAACAUCUAAUUUAAUAUACACUAAAUAGUAAUAUUAUAAUUACAUUGAUGACAAUUAUUAAAUUCCUUAUAGUAAAAUCCAAUCACAUUCAUUCAGUCCUUAUGUAAUACUCUCACUUACGUUCAGUCCUUAAUUAAUAGUACUCUCUCUCACGUUCAGUCCUUAGUUAGACUCUUAUUGACAGGUUCUUCAAAUAAUUCAAUAGUGUACCAAGUUCCUCAUGCUUCUCUCCUCUCUCAUUAUUCUCAUUAAUUUGUUCUCCUGAAAUUGCUCCCCUCUUUCUACCUUUUUACACUAAUUCAAUCAUUAAACCCAUUUGAUUAACCAAAGAAAAUGCUCCAAAGCUGUUUCAUGUGGCAUCUGAAACAAUAUUGUUCUGUUCUGUACUGCCUUCUCCUUAAAUUUUGUAUUCAGUUUCAGCCAUGUCAAACACCUGUGCUUUGAAAUCUUUAUUAAGAGUAUUGUAUAUUACUUAAUUUAUAGUACUAAUUAUUUCUAUUCAUCUUCCCAUGUAUUAAUUUCUGCUCACAACCUUUUCACAUUCUUUGCUGCUCUAUAUAAAUGUCCACCAUAAGAUGUCUUUGUCCAUUAUCCUAUUUCUCUCCCCCAGAUGCACUUUCUUCAGAUGUGCACCGAGAGACAAAAGGCGCGGUUUCCUGUAGAGAGUAUUACUGUUAUAAGUUACAAGUACGGGAAGGAGAGAGGACCAUAAUACUGCUAUGUGGAAGAUUACUACAACAAUUUGCGGUUGACAUGUACAUAAAACUUGAAACAACCAGGCUUGAAUAUUUCAGAAAUGAACAAUCAAAUUUUAGAAGAAGAUUUAUCAAGGUAUUGUUGAUAGCGUCAUGGCAGGAGAAUACAGAGGAGAUAAAAUUGGUCAAAGAAUACUACUUCCAACAUUUUUUGUUGGGGGCCUAAGAGAUAUGCGAAGGCGGUAUAUGGACGCAAUGGCUUUGGUUCAGCAUUUUCGAAGACCUGAUAUUUUCAUAACAAUGACAUGUAAUCCUGAUUGGGUUGAGAUCCAACGAGAACAAAGCGCCGGUCAAACUCCUCAAGAUAGACCCGACUUGGUGACAAGAGUAUUUAGAGCGAAGUUGAAGACCAAAUUUUCAAGAAAGGAAUAUUUGGAAUUGUUUCGGCACAUGUAUUCGUGGUAGAAUUCCAAAAACGAGGACUACCACACGUACACCUUUUGCUCAUACUAAAGGAAGGCGACAAGAUUAAAUCUGCAGAUCAGUACGACUAGUUUAUUUUUGCAGAGAUUCCUGACAAAUCUCAAUAUCCCAUAUUGCAUGAAUUAGUAGUUAAGCAUAUGAUGCAUGGUCCAUGUGGGAACAAGCGCCCAACAAAUCCAUGCAUGCAAGAGGGCCAAUGCAAAUAUCAUUAUCCCCGCCCUAUCAGCAACAAGUCAAUUCAAAGGAUGGAUAUCCUAUUAACAAAAGAAGAAGUGAUGGAAGGACAGAGAGUGCCCGCGGAAUGGAAAUGAAUAACUAAUGGGUUGUGCCUUAUAGCCUUUACUUGCUUACAAGAUACAAUUGUCACAUUAAUGUCGAGGUCUGCUCUGGAGUAAAAGCAAUAAAGCAUCUUUACAAAUAUAUAUAUAUAUAUAUAUAUAUAAAGGUCAUGAUAGGUGUGCCGUUUAUGUUGAGUCCGAUAAUGGAGAAAAAAUAAUUGCUGAGAUACAAACUUUCCAAGAUGCCCGGUGGGUUUCCCCUCCCGAAGCUCUCUGGAGAAUUUAUGAAUUCAACUUGAGUGAAAUGCAACCUCCAGUCAUCAACCUACAACUACAUCUCCCUGGAAAACACUCAGUGUUUUAUUGGAAGAAGCAAAAUUUGCAAAACAUCAUCGCGUGGGAUGGCAUCAGGCAAACCAUACUGACCGAGUAUUUCAAGAUGUGCUCCAAAGACCUUGAAGCACAUACAUACCGUUAUAGAGAAUUCCCUAAGUACUAUGUGUGGAAUCCAAAGGGAAAGGCUUGGACAACAAGAAAAACAAGAUCUGUAAUUGGUCGCAUUGCAACUGGAAGGCGAAAGGUAUUGAGCGGUUAUUAUUAAACCAUGUAAGAGGACCAUUAUCAUUCGAGGACUUACUCACUGUCUGCGGAAGGCAAUGUGUGACCUUUAAAGAAGCAGCCAAAGAAAGACGGUUAUUAGAAUCGGACAACAGCAUAUCAGAAUGCUUGGGAGAGGCUGUUCUACUCAAAAUGCCAUCAACCCUACGAAGUUUGUUUGCAACAAUUCUGGUUCACUGUAACACAACCGAUGUCAGAAAACUAUGGGACACUUAUUUUAAGGAUAUGUCUGAGGACUUUAGCAGGAUACAUAACAACUCACCCAACGCGAUACUUCAAUGUACGCUACAGGAUAUUAAUUAUUAUUUGGGAAGUAUGGGCACAAGCAUCAACAUAUAUGACCUACCUCUCCUUUAGCAAUAGUUGGCCGAAGUUGCCCCAUCAGAAUGUAGAGAAGUGGCUGAAGAAAUGUCCGAGCAAAUACCGAAGAAGAUUUUGACGCACAAUCAAGUCUAAAUCCUGAACAAGAGCAUGCUUUCAAAAUAAUAUUGCGGGUGGUGGAUUGUGGAAGGGCUGAAUUAUUCUUUGUCGAUGGACCCGGAGGAACUGGAAAAACAUUCUUGUACCAUGCAUUGCUGGCCAACGUUAGAUCAAGAUGUAUGAUUGCCUUGGCAACAACAUCCAGUGGCGUAGCAGCUUCAAUUUACCGGGAGGACGUACAGCUCACUCAAGGUUUGAGAUUCCCCUUCAAACAAAUGAAUCAUCCAUGACAAAUAUGUCAAAACAAAGUGGUGCUGCAAAAUUGAUUAGAAAAGCAAAACUACUUAUAUGGGAUGAAGUGCCAAUGGCCAAGCGGCAAACAAUAGAAACAGUUGACAGGAGCUUUAGAGAUAUAAUGGACAUUGAUAAGCCUUUUGCCGGGAAAGUCAUGGUUUUUGGAGGAGAUUUCCGUCAGGUAUUACCUGUUGUCCCAAAAUCUACAAGAGCAGAAACUGUUAACGCAAGCUUAGUGAAUUCAUAUCUCUGGCCUUUGAUGGGAAAGAUCCAGUUUACCAGAAAUAUGAGAGCAAGAACUGAUCCAACAUUUAGUGACUUCUUACUUCGUGUUGGUAACGGAGAACAGCCAACAAUAAGAGACAAUUUGAUCCGCCUCCCAGAACAAUUGACGGUCAAGUAUGGUAGUGAUGGAAACGCUGAACAAAGCUUAAUAAUCAAAAUAUCCCCAUCGCUGCAAGAAAAUGCAAGUGCUGCAAAAUAUGUAACAGAGCGGGGUAUCCUAGCAAGCAGAAAUGAGCAUGUUGAUAAACUAAAUGAGAAUUUGAUAACAAUGUUGCCGGGUGAAAGCAAAACGUCAUUAGUUUUGACUCUGCAGAUGAUGACACCAACAACUAUUAUCAAGAAGAAUAAUAUAAAUACUUUAACACCAAAUGGUCUCCCAACACAUAGGUGUUCAGACAAAUAGAAUACAUAUUAUAAUACCAAAGAUGCAGUUACAAAGGAAUAUAAUUUAACGUUUCCUUUUUUCUACAGGUUAGUUCAGAAGGAGAAUGCACCAAUCAUGCUACUAAGGAAUUUAGACCCUUCAAACAGGUUGUGCAAUGGCACAAGACUGAUAUGUAUAGGCUUCGACAAGAAUAUCUUGCAUACAGAAAUUACAAGUGGCCAUUGCGCAACUAAGCAUGUGUUCCUUCCAUGAAUUCAACUGUCACCCCCCAGAAAAUGAAGGAUAUCCUUUCAAAUUCAUUAGGAAGCAGUUUCCAAUACGACUUUGCUUUGCAAUGACAAUAAAUAAAGCGCAAGGUCAAACAAUUCCCAACGUUGGCUUGUAUUUUCCCCAACGUGUAUUCUCGCAUGGCCAAUUGUACGUUGCACUUUCAAGAGGGAUAUCAAUGUCAACAAACAAAGUUCUGGUCUUGACAGAGCAGCCAAAACAUCGAAGCGGGACAUACACAAAGAACAUCGUCUAGAAGGAAGUCUUGGGUAUGAUACACUCAUAUAACAUGUUUACACCUAAUACCACAAAAAAUUCACUACUUACUUAUCGGCCAACCCUAACUAAAUUCAAUGGUUACAAUUUUCAGGUUUAGAGAACAACGACACACCUAAGCACUGAUCAGUAACUCAUUAAAUGCACACUGCAUAUUCGUCAAAUUGAUCUUCAAAUUUUUGCAGCAACAUUUUCUAUUGCUUAUUGCACACAUUCAGAUUUUAACAUUAUCGUUUUAAUGACAAUAAAACACCCAGAAUGUUCCGCAAAUAGAGCUGCUAAUUUGUGCAGUUAUGUUUUUUAUUACUUAACACAAAUGUCUUCAUGUAAUGUCUAUAAAUUGUUCAAAAUAAACAUGGGCCACACGUGCAACGCACAUGCCCAGAACUAGUUAUACUAACAGUGGAAAGUACCUAAUGUUAAAGUUAGAUUACGAAAAUACCCAUUAAAAAGUGACUGACCAUUUUACCCUUAAAUAUAUCUUCUAUUAAUAGAAUAAUUUCUGCUGGAUUGAAUCUUGAAAACAGUUUCAUCUGCAAUAACUAUUGUGGGCUAUUACUGUGCAAAUAAUCUUUUCAUAUUUCAACAUCCAGUUAACUCAGUAUAGCCUUUCAUAUUCCUUUUUCAUCUUAUAAAAAGGCACAAC